AUGAAGACCUCGACAUUUCUGUCCAUGGCCAUUGUGGCUGCCAGCUCUCUUGGCGUCAACGGCCAGGUCAGCGGCAAGAUCAAGGGUGAGCAAUGGCCUAUCGCCAACCCUGUUUUGAACGAGAUGAAAGGGCAAGGGUGUUGGAAAUCAAACGGCAAUAUGACACAGGUUUAUUCGGGAACCGAGACGACAUCUGGUGACUGUUGGAAUCGAUGCAAAAAGAAGUAUGCCGUGUUCGCCCUACAGUCCUCCAAAUGCUUCUGUGGUCAACUUUAUCCUCCAGAAGAUGAUCUUGUUGAUGAUAAGAAGUGCAAUUGGGAAUGCCCAGGUUAUCCUUUUGAGGCCUGCGGUGCAUUGAAGACCUAUUACUCCGUUUUCAACACCGGUCUUGAGUUGGCACCCGACAACUAUGUGGAAGAGAAGUCAACAACAAGCGCUGCUCCCUCUUCCACUGCCGCCGCCGAGAGCACUGCCGCCAGCGACGACUCCGCUGCCUCAACUGAAACCGAUGGCGCAGCCGCGACCACAGAACCGGCCUCAGAUGACAAGAAAGAUGGCCCCAACGUGGCCGCUAUUGCCGCUGGUGUUGUAGUGGGAGUUGUGGUGAUUGCUGCCAUCGGCGGCGGUGCUAUUUUCUUUGUUCGUCGCCGACGAAAUGCAGAAAUUGAAGAGGAGCACCGACGAAACGCCGCUGUGAAUGCUUUUAUCAACGGCUCCAAGCCCCCUGGCAGCAGUGGCAGUAUCUCCAUGACUGACUCUCGUCUUGACCCUGUCAUGGCUCAUCGACGGCUCAGCGAUGGCAGCAUUGCUGAUAACCAAGAUUACUCCCGAAGAAUUCUGCGGGUCACCAACGCAUAA